CGGUCAGAAGAGAUGUUCUCUAGGUAUCCUCAGCUAGCUUUGACUGCAUGUCUAUCCCUAGACCCCUUACUAGCAAGCAAGCCAGCUAGCCUAAAAACACUGGCCACUGAUUUCCCUAUAAAACCUCAGCAAACCCCAAACCUGUACCUUCUCUUCCAACUCCUAUUGACACACAAACACAUACACACGCAGGAAAAGAUUGAACACCAUGAGCUGCACAAGGAUCAGUGGUGCAGUCCUCGUUUUUGCCUUGCUCUUCGCCCCGUUAUUGCUCACGCUCUGCCUUCCCCUUGCCUGCGCUCGCCAUGUGGUGGCGCUGGAGGCCAAAGAUGGCCUGAACAUUGGAGGGGGCCGGCAGCAGGUGGUUGGUGAUGACGCAGGAAAGGCUGUCCCCGUCUCGAACGCCGGCGGCUCACGGCCAGUGAGGACGGUGGAGUUGCCCGCGGCGAGGAGGCACCGGGUGGACGCGGCGGAGGAGUUGCACGACAUGCUGAGGAGGGACUACGCGUGGAGGGCGAGGCGCCGCAAGCCCAUCCACAACGACGAGCCUCGCGACGACGAGCCCUAAGUCCGUCAGACUUUCCCCGGAGCGCAGCUAGGUAGGUAGAGUACAUAGUUACAAGAAGCUUAGCUUAGCUAGAGCCGCUCUCUGUUUUACUACUGCUGCUACUACAACUAGUUAGCUAGAUUUGCAGGCUUGCAGGAUACCCAAAUAUUAUGGAAUAACGAUGCCCUAGUUGGUACAGUAUAUCAUUAGCUGGUCAGCCUUAAUCUGGCAUCCAAGAUGGACAUCAGGUUUAGCCCUGUUUUCUGCAAGGACUGCUGGAAGGAGUUCGUGCGAAAAAAGGGGCGGUUUUGUGCCGGAUGUGCAGGCCUGGGGGUAUGCUAUAUCUACAUGUAAUGUCCUAUAUGUCCACCGGUAAUCAGGUUUGCAGAAUAUCAGCGUUCUAUGUGUGUCAAAACUUAUUUUGUUGCUUGUUCACAUCCGGGUCAUGGCACACUGAACUCGUUCUGGUGAGUGUAAUAGCUUCGACUCUUGCUCUGUUUUGGGCAUCAUUGCUCGCGUCGCACUACAUGUAUGUAUAAGCAAACAGGAAUGCUGGCAGCAGUACAUGAAAGAAAGCUAUACCUCUUCAUUUCUCACGCACAAUCUCUGCAAAUUACAAGCCACUAGCGAAUCCGACAGGCCAUCAACCUCCUGCUAUUUGUAAAUAAAAAUAAAA